CGUAAGGAAGGAAAACGGUUGUUGAAAAACCUCUGCCGUCAAAGUACGGUAGUUUUUCGUUGCCGCCAAUUCUUACUACUUGCCAUAAAUUCACGACAACACCUACUCACAGGCACCAUUUCCCAGAAAAAUGUCCACCAUGGCGAAUCGCAUGCUCCCCCUUCUCUCAACAAAGCUCUGCUCGAGAUCUGCUGCAACCAAGAUCUGCCGUCAAAGCAUUCGUUCAUUUUCUGGCUUGCCUCACACCCCUGCGAAUCGAAGAAACGACAAGGAUGAACGACGACAGAUCCACACGACGCGCCCCUGCAAUGCCGAUGUCGCAGAUGCAUCCCCUACCGUUUCCUCCACUGAAUCAUCGGGCAUUAUUGACCGAUUUGUUGUCACAGCGGAAGUAACGGUUUCGAAGAUUUUCCCCGCUGGAUUCGGUUGGCAAACGUCUUCCAUUAUUGCCGAGAACCAAUUUGGCUUUGCCCCCGAUACUCUGAACUUUGCUCUAACCACUGGUGCCGGGGAUGCCAUCGGUGUCCUCGGCGGCCACUGUCUGUACUACACCGCCAAGAAGGCACUCGUCGACAGCUCUAUCAACAUGAAGUCCGAGUUCCAAACCGGUGUCCUGCUCGGCUCUGCCGCAUUUUGCAGUGGUACGGCGUGGCAACCACUCGUUGACGCCCUGCAGGGAGCGAACCUCAGCUUCGGAGGUGUCUUUGCCGGUACCUGGGUAGGAUGCGGAAUGGCCUUUUACGCUGGUCUCCGGGCCGGCCGAACUAUCCUCAGUGGGUAUAUGUCGCACAUCGAAGAACCUACUUAUGAGAACUCUAAGGCCGACGCCUCACUGAGCUGCGUCAUUGGAGGAGCCACUGGAUUCUUUGUGGGCACUGAUGCAGCGUACCUUCCCAAUCAGAACUUUUUGAUCAACAUUGUCGGAAUUCCUGAUGGCACGCCGGAUCUUGUCGGCUGCGGGAUUGCUGGCUCGUCAACGGCGCUGGGAUUCCUGACUUCCCAAUCGGUGUUCAAUGUCAUUUAUCCCACCGGAAAAUGCUGGAACGACUGAAACGAUGAAAAAAGGAAAUAAUCGUUCUUUCUUUUUUGCAACUCGAAGUUUUGAGCUAAAGCCAUUGGAAAUGCACAAAAGCACAGUUUUAAACAGAUGAUAUUAAUUUUUGGUAAUGCGUGACCUUUUGACGAACUACCGUUUUGAAUCGGGCGCAGAAUUUCACAAGGUAGUCUAUGAAGGCGCCUUGGAAAAGUGUCUUUCUCAGCAGCUUCGAUCACUGACCGACCAAAAAUCGCGUUCGUUGGUUUUCUAUCAACCAUGGAGGCCCAUAACCAUUGUAGCACGGUAGCACCAUAGCACCUUGGAUGUCGUAGUCAGUAUGAAAACUGGGAUUUUGGUGUUUACAUCCUAGUCGUACCGGUAUGGUAGCGUGGGAGUUCAAGUUGUGAGACAGUACAAUCACGAGUAGCUAGUGAAUAACCUCACUUUUUAUUG